AAUCUGACCCCCUCCUACUGCAAGAUCAAACACGAACUGAUCUUCAGGUGAGGAACUCAGUGUCCUUAUUACCAACGCAGCAGACUCAUUGGAGAGGUUGAACAGAUGGACAUCACUCCAGACGCACCACUCUGUUCCAUUUGUGCAGAGUUAGAUCUACACCAGAUUCUCCUUGAUGACAUCCCAAGGGAUAAUGCGAUUCCGCUCGGCUCACUCUCAUCCAUCUUGAAAAAAUCCGACCAAUGCGGAUUCUGCCACCUCGUAUCCUUGGUCGUCCGUCGAACAUGGAUCCUGGACAAGUUUCCUCAUCUCGAUCUCUCAGGGAUUGAAUGUGGGCUGUUCUCAUUAGAUUGCGGCUGUCUUCGGAAUCCCAUACCCGAACCAAAAAAACUUUGCCACCGCCUCAGCAUUCACACAUCGGAUCGCCCUCGGGAGAUAUAUUCAGCUCUCAUGGCAGCACAUUCCAGAUUAUCGCUAGAAAUUCAACUGAUGGAAGAAGACGCGUUCAAGUUUGAAAGACCGGCCGACCUUCAUGGUCGCAGAGUGAACGAUACUGUGGAUGUCGGCCUGGUGAAGAAGUGGAUCGGAUUAUGCGAGGAAGGACAUGGAGACAUAUGUGAAGGUGCCUGGUGGCUGGGCGACGACAGGAGGUUGCCGGAGUUUAUGAGAAUGGUGGAUGUAGUGUCAAUGGCCGUGGUUCCGGCACCUCCUGCCUGUCGUUAUGUCGCCCUCAGUUACAUGUGGGGAGGUAUUGGAGCGGAGUAUUGGACGACGAAGGAUAAUAUAGGAGAGCGGUCCACGCCUGGCGGGUUGAACAUGGCAAAUGUCCCCGAUACCAUCGUAGAUUCAAUUCAGCUCGUUCGACAGCUUGGUGAACGUUACAUCUGGAUCGACACGUUAUGCAUCAUUCAAGAUGAUCUGAAGGACAAGAUCAAGCAAAUACAUGCCAUGGACUUGAUUUACGGCGGAUCUUAUUUCACGAUAUGUGCUGCUGGUGGCGCAUCGGCUCGCGACCCUCUUCCAGGAUAUCGUCCACGAACUAGAACGCCACAGCAGCACAUCGAGGUCGUCCAAGGACUUCAUCUUUCUGUACCUUUGCCAGUACCUAUCGAGGCACUCACUCUGUCCGCAUGGAGCACGCGUGGUUGGACCUACCAAGAGCUUAUGCUCUCCUGCCGAAGGAUAUAUUUCACCGGGCAGCAAGUCUACUUCGAGUGUAGACGCGAUAUCUUCUGCGAAGACCUCGUUGCUGAAAGCAUGCGCCUCGCAUCGUCCACCCAACCUUUACGGUAUAGCGGUGCAGGAAACAUCGCAUUCCCUCGAAAAUCGCCCAUGGACGUCUAUCUCACGAGUUAUAUGUCUGCCAUUGAGCUGUAUACGCGACGCAACCUCACUGUGGAGUCAGACAUUGUUGAUGCUAUCACUGCAAUAACGAAUGCCUUGGCAAAAAGUUUCAAGCUUGGUGGGGGUGACCCCGCCAAAGCCUUUCGCUUCGGAAUGACGUUGAUGGACCUGGAGCACGCGCUUCUCUGGCAACAUGAUCCACACAUGCCUCAGGCUCGUCGUUCUCUGACCGACGAAGGCAGCUCACAGUGGCCUUCUUGGGCAUGGGCUGCGUGGCGUGGCGCUGUUCGCUACCAGGGGGGAGGUGUGUAUGCCUGGAUAGACACUCAUUCUAACGGGCCAAGAGUGACGGAAACGCUUAUUGAUUCUUGGUACCUCGUGGACCAUGAUAGUGAUACAGUGCAGCUUGAUGUUCGGCGCACCCACCGGGCCUAUGUACUUCCCAUUCCACAGGAAGCAAUGAACCCAUAUCAUUCCCCGCAAGGGAACCUAGACCCAUCACACCUAGCUCUAGAUAUUCAUCGACCGCUGGAGCCAGGCACCCUCAUUUUCCGCACGACGUCCAGCCGCUUUAAAAUUAUAAAGCGAGGUGAAUCAAGUGCACGGCUCUACCACGAUCUCUUCAAUAUUCUCUCCAGUGCACCUUCCCCUUCCACUUGGGUUGGCAGUGUCAUCCUGCCAUUAGACCCUGCUCCACCCGCUUCUCUCGAGUUUAUCGUCCUUUCCCGUACUAGUGCGUCUCCUGGCGUGUACGAUGAAGAAAGUCUUGGAAAGUUCUAUGGUGGAUGCAUGUUAUAUGUGAUGGCGGUGAGUCAGAAUGAGGGUUUGAUGGAGCGUGUUGGGUUGGGUAUCAUUCAUGAAGCUGCCUGGAUCGCUUCAAGCGCGCAGGAGAAGGUGGUGUUUCUUCGAUGACAGUCACGUACUCUCGAUGUUGUUGAAGAACGACAUGCAAAGUUAUUUGCAUUUGGGGUCAUUGACGAUUUGUACGAAGUUGUACAGUUGUA